CGUCGUGUAGACUCUAGAAUUAGCGAACGUUCACCAUAUCUGGUUUUAGCGGGGAGCAGAAACGUGGAUUGUGUAAUACAAACGUAUAAAAAAGGAAAUGUUUCGACGUAAAUUAUGUGCUCUCAGAUAUCACCAACCAGACACUUUCAAAGUGGAAGAUGAAGAUGAGUUUCGUAGUUUCAUCCUUUGGCUUGAAGAUCAGAAAAUCUGCCAUUACAAAAUAGAGGAUCGAGCUGGACUAAGAAAUAUCAAAAGCAGUGACUGGACUAAAGCAUAUGAAAGUUACCUUAAAGACUUGGGAUGUCCCUAUCAUCAGACAGAGAGGGUGAAUGUUGCCGGGUGGAUUCUAGGAUAUGCGAUCAGACUAGAGUAUGGAGAUAAUGUUGAGGAAUACAAAAAAGCCGAUCCUUCUAAUAUAGCUAUGACAGAGGCAGGCAGAGUCCCUUCCACAAAUCCCCUCGAUAAUUUGGAUUUCAAUGAUGCUGAUUUUAAGGCUGGUGUUACAUCUUUAUCCAUGAUCCUACAAAUCCCUCCACACACUGACCAUUUAGAACAAUUAAAGGCAAUUUGCAUGGUUGUGAGAGAUAGACUAUCCCAAGAAGCCCUCAAAAGAUUUUCUACAGAAUCAAAGGGUGAACAACUACCUCUGGAUCAGACAGAUUUAGGAUUUGACACUGGAGAUUACAUAAUAAAUGAAGCUGCCAAAAUCCUGAGACUUAUUCACAUCAAGAAUUUAAGAGACUUACAAACACAAAUAAAUUCUGCAAUAGUUGGUGUGCAGGCCCUAAUAGCAAAUCCAAAGACAGAUAGUAGGCUUGGAAAAGUGGGAUUUUGAACAUACUCUGCAAUUAAAUGGACUGUUAAUUGGACACAAAUGGAGAGGAUCAAGAAAUCAAGUCUCCGUUGUGUUUUUCCUGCAAAAUUAUGAGACUUAAGUAGUGCUUCAUCUACUUAUGAUAUUAUUAGCUGUAGGCUUUUUUACACUGCUAUCCAAGUGUUCCAAACAGUAAUUUCCUGCAGCUAAGUUCUAAUUUAGAUUUAUGUGUAUAAGUUGUUUUGAUUUAUACUGGCUAUUACAGUGUCUUGCAUUACAUUUACAUGUAACACAUGCACCGAUUAUAUGUGUAUGGUUGUGUAUAUACAUGAGAACUAGGGUAUUACUAUUAAAUAUGUUCUGUAUUAUCUCAA